AUGGUCAACAAAGUCGGAAUAGUAUUACUCUGUGGGAUUGCACUUAUCACUGCCGCAAAGGCAAACGAUUGGAAGGAUCUGCCAGAUUUUCACCGUGUCAGCGAACUUAAAUCCUUGGGCCAUGAGUUUGCUAAAUACUUUCAAAAUGUUUCACUGAAAGAGCUAAUCGUCCUGGAUACCCAAUCGCCAAGAGAGGAGGAUCUCCUGUGUGCCAGUGAUAUGGCUGCCUUAAUGACAGGACUUCUAAAUGGUCAAGUCUGGGCACUACAAAUGAUCGAUGCCUGGGGUUCCAUACCAUCCGGAUUACUUACUGGAAACUCCUAUGAUCUGGGAAACUACGACGAAUGUCUCAAUAUCAGAAAGAGUAUCAUUAGUCAGCGCAGAAGUAUCCAAGGAAAGUACUGCUUUCUCUCGGUUUCCCCAGCCAAGAUCAUGGGAAUCGACAACUUAAGCAUUGGUAACUUUAACACGGCUACUUGCUUUCCUGCCUCCUGCUCUGCCGUCCACAUGAACACGGUUAUCGGCCAACUAAUGAAGCAGCUACUUAAUGUUAAUAUCUCCAGCUCUGGCAUGAGUAUCAGCGAUGGUAGCUGCCAGACAAGUGAAAGUGAACCCUGGGAUGGACUCACCAUUUUCAUGAUAGUUUUCUUAUCGAUAAUGGGUUCUCUGGUGACCUUGUUUACUCUAUGGGACUACUUCCUGGUCAAGAACCAAAAUCAAAUUCCUCCCAUUGUAAAGAUGUUCUCAGCCAGAGCCAGCUCCCGUGCCCUAUUUCGAGUUGUAGAAAGCCAAUCGAAUCCGAAUGUGAUCGACUGCCUUCAUGGAAUACGUUGCUUGUCUCUCCUUUGGGUGAUCACUUGUCAUGAAUACUCGGCGACUCUUAUUAAACCAAAUAUUAACCUUUUCAGUGCGGCAACAUGGUUAGAUUCAGCAUUUGCCAGCUUUAUCCUGCAUGGCUUUAUAUCGGUUGAUUCAUUUUUAGUGAUUGGCGGCUUGUUAGUGGCUUUGAUUCCACUGCGAUUGAUGGAUAAAACUAAAGGCAAACUUAAUGUGCCCAUCAUGUAUCUACAUCGUCUAAUCCGUAUAGUUCCUAUCUUGGCAAUGGCCAUUGUGGUGUAUAUGAAACUCAUGCCUUUGGUAUCGGAUGGACCACUUUUUGCUAGUGGUUACAUAGGAAAGGCAGCUUGUCGGGAUAGUUGGUAUUGGACUUUGCUUUUCGUGAAUAAUUAUACCAACGAUACGUGCCUGUCCCAAACCUGGUACCUGUCGGUGGACAUACAGUUAUAUAUUAUCUCACCAAUCCUGCUGAUUUCUCUCUACAAAUGGGGAAAGAAAGCUGCUGCUGGUAUUCUCGUCCUCAUAAUUUUACUAACUGCCUGCCUUUUCGCCACCAUGAUGGUCAAUGAUUACACAAUGAUGGUUACCACUGCUUCCUCGGAGGCAAUGAGAGAUGCCUACUUUGCCACUCAUACACACGCCACACCUUGGUUGAUAGGAUUUCUCUUUGGCUAUUUCCUGCAUCUGAAUAGAGGAAAGAAGUUCGAGCUAAGCUGGUUAUACGUGUGGUUAGGAUGGAUCCUUUGCCUGGCUAUGAUCUUUACUGCAAUCUUUGCUUUGUAUCCGGCUUCCAAAUGGACUGAUGCUAAUGCGUCUACCUUGGCGGAGUCUUCGUACUAUACCUUAACCAGAGUGGGCUGGUCGUUGGCCGUUUGCUGGGUGAUCUUCGCUUGCAUUCAGGGAUAUGGAGGCCUAGCCAAUAGUUUCCUUUCCUCUCCGCUGUGGCAGCCUCUUUCCAGGCUUUCUUACUCCGCUUACAUUUGGCAUAUGUUCUUCAUGGAGAUCAACGCUAGGAGCACAAGGACAAAUGUUUACUUUUCGAAUUACAGAAUUAUGCUCAACAUCUGGUCGACAUUUGGUGGCACCGUGUUGUUUUCCUAUCUGAUGCACCUACUUAUAGAGGCACCUUUCGGUGGUCUAGACCAGUUCCUGAGGCCAAGCAAAAAAAGCACAACUAUCGCUGAAAAGAAAUCACUGGUAGAUGAUAACGCACCUAGUGCCCCAGAAGAGGUAAUAAUAACAACCGAAACUUCAGAGUCUGAUGAAGUACAAAAAUCAUAAGUGAUCGUAGAACUAAGAUAGAAUACUUUAAAAAAUAUAAGAACUAAGAUAGAAUACUUUAAAAAAUAUAAACACUUUCAAAAGA